ACUCACGAUCAAGCUGCAACCAUGGAGACUGUAACCCAUUUCCUAAAUGACUCAAUAGAGUUCUAUAAAUGGAGCCUUACCAUAGCAGAUAAACGUGUCGAAAAAUGGCCAUUGAUGGAGUCCCCGUUUCCCACCCUGGGCAUCAGCUUCCUCUAUCUGGUCUUCCUCUGGGUGGGCCCCAAGUACAUGCAGCACAGAGAGCCUUUCCAGUUUAGAAAGACGUUGAUCAUCUACAACUUCAGCAUGGUCAUCCUCAACUUCUACAUCUGCAAAGAGCUGUACCUUGGCUCGCGGGCGGCUGGUUACAGUUAUCGCUGCCAGCCUGUCAACUAUUCAGAUGAUGUGAACGAAGUGAGGAUAGCGGCAGCACUGUGGUGGUACUACAUCUCAAAGGGUGUGGAGUAUCUGGACACAGUCUUCUUCAUCUUGCGGAAGAAGUUCAACCAGGUCAGCUUCCUGCAUGUGUACCACCACUGCACAAUGUUCAUCCUCUGGUGGAUCGGCAUCAAGUGGGUGGCAGGAGGACAGUCCUUCUUUGGUGCGCACAUCAAUGCUGCAAUCCACGUCAUUAUGUACCUGUACUAUGGGCUGGCUGCCUUUGGACCCAAGAUUCAGAAAUACCUGUGGUGGAAGAAAUACCUGACCAUAAUCCAAAUGAUCCAGUUCCACGUCACAAUCGGACAUGCUGGCCACUCCCUGUAUAUUGGCUGUGACUUCCCCCGAUGGAUGCACUGGGCUCUGAUUGGCUACGCUGUCACCUUCAUCAUCCUUUUUGCCAACUUCUACUACCAGACCUACCGCCGGCACCCCCGGCGGGAGGGCCCCAGCAAAGGUGGCAAAGCUGUCCCCAACGGUAUUUCCACGGCGACUAAUGGCGUCGGCAAAAUCGGGGAGGACCAGGCCAUGUCAGAGAAUGGAAGAACACAGAAGAAGGGACGGGCCAAGCGCGAGUAG